GAGCACAAUUCCUUUAGAGGGGACACAACAUGCUUGUGAGUAAAACUGUCAUGGAUUCCUUCAAAGGUAAGGUAGUGACAAUUAUGCUGAUUCAAACAAGAGUUAAAUCGUUUCAAAUAAGAUCUGCGUGCAGAAGUCAUUUUUUAUCUAUGUUUUUGGUCUCUCAAGGCGGUACACAAAGCAAGGACAAAUUAGACUGCCUGAAAAUAUAAGUCAAUGCAUCUAAUUUUGACAGGUUUGGCAAAUAGCUUGCAGUCUGAGUGAAUGUUUUGGGUGUAAACUUAUUGAUCUUCACCCCAUCCCAUCCUGUCACUGACUGGGAGGGGUCUUCUUGUCAGAAAGCCCACAGAUGAUUGGAUGGAGAUGUGUCUCCUUUGGUAAGCCCACUCUUAAAGCAGGUAUAUAUUCAUUUGACAUACAGGAAGCCCAGAAAUAAGAGCGUUUGGGAAAAAUAACAUCCAGCUCAGUUUGAAUCCCUGUCCUCCAACAGUGUCUGUGAGAUGAAAACCGAGCAGCCUCUUCAUGUGGCCACUCCAGUGAGGCAGAGUCUUGCGCUCACCAAGGUGGCUGGCACCUCUAUUUACCUCAAGCUAGACUCAUCCCAGCCUACAGGUUCCUUUAAGAUCAGAGGUAUUGGCCACCUCUGUAAAACAUGGGCAGAGCGAGGAUGUGAAAGAUUUGUCUGCUGUUCAGGAGGAAACGCUGGUAUGGCAGCUGCUUAUUCUGCACGCCAGCUCGGGGUUCCUGCAACCAUCGUGGUUCCAAGUGUCACCCCUAACCAGACGGUGGAGAGGCUGAAGGAUGAGGGGGCAAACGUUGUCAUUCAUGGAAAGGGUCUGAAUGAAAGCAUUCAAUAUGGGCAGCAGCUUGUGGCAAACAACCCAGGCUGGAUUUUCGUCUCUCCCUUUGACGACCCUCUCAUAUGGGAAGGACACACAUCUUUGGUGAAGGAGCUGGAGCACGAUCUGAAGGAGAAGCCUGGAGCCAUUGUGCUGUCGGUGGGAGGCGGAGGCUUGCUGAACGGUGUGGUGGAAGGACUUUGUCGUGCCGACUGGGCUGACGUGCCCAUCGUAGCCAUGGAAACCAUGGGAGCACACAGCCUGAAUGCAGCCAUGAAAGCUGGAGAGCUCGUCACUUUACCUGUCAUCACAAGUGUUGCAACCACACUGGGCCUGGUGAGAGUGUCUGCUCAGACAAUGAAGCUAGUGGAUGAACAUACAGUUUUCUCAGAAGUGGUCACUGACCAGGAGGCUGUGAGAGCUGUCGAAUGCUUUGUAGACGAUGAAAAGAUCCUGGUGGAGCCUGCCUGCGGUGCCGCUCUGGCAGCCGUGUACAGUGACAUUAUCAAAAGGCUGCAGGCUGAGGGCAAACUGGCACGGCACCUGGGCCCAGUGGUGGUGGUUGUGUGUGGCGGUAACAACAUCAGCAUGGAGCAGCUCCAGAGGCUGAAGAAACAGCUUGGCAUGAUCUAGUGUCACUGACUACCUUGGGUCUUUCUGACCUUUUUGUCCCUGUGUGUCUUUGUCCAUUAGCCAACCACAGUCCCUAAACACUAUUAUCCAUGUGCUCCAUUGAUCGAAUCAUUCCUGACUGAAACACUCAUGAGUACAGUGGCGCGGAAUAGGGGGGUGGGUGUCAGGGGGCCAUUGUCCCCUGGUCCCACCAGACAUUUACGCUGGCUGGACCUGUGCUGAGAGGCUGUGAUCGACUCUCUCUCUCUCUUUCUCUAAUGUACUCUAGCUAUCUGUCAGUUGUCAAAUUCAGGGGGGAGUGAAUGUAAAAAAGUUUAUUUAACGUGCAGUGUGAUUUACUAAAGCUGCAAAUAAUCACGCUCAUAAUUUGUCAUUAUUUUGCGCAUCAAGGCAGCUGCAAGUUGCAACAGAACUGCGCACAGAUGACAAUUAUGGAGCCACAAACACGGCGAAGUAACCUUUGACAUCUGGAUCAUUCCAACAAACUGUGGCAAAUUGUCAAGGUCAUUGUUUCUGAACGCAAUGUCACUCAGAAACGAACGUCACAUCAUCUUUUCUCAGACACCCAGGACGGACAAAACUGUUCGUUCAAUGAAUGCUUUUUUUUUUCUUUUCUUUCUAAUCUUUUAUGUAUUAUUAUUAGUAGUAGUAGUUUUAGUAGCAGUAUUAUUAUUAUUAUUAUUAUUUGUAUUAUUAUAUUACAGUUAUUAGUUUAAAAAAUAAAGUAAAAAAUGGUUGGUUUGCCAGCAGAAGAUCUACAAAACAACAUAAUGACAUAAACUUUCAUAUUAUUUUUAUGUUUUGCUUUAAUAAGAAAAUAUUACAGUUGAGUAUAAAGGCACAAUAGUUCUGCACCGCUGUGCCAAACUGUGCCACCAUUUGCUCUCUUGCCAGUGUAUAUUAUUCACUGGUGUUCACUUUUUUCUUGAUCAGAAACUGCAGCAUUUAAAAAGCACUUGGUUAAAAUGACUAACAUGAAUGACAGGUGAAAAGAGUCACUGCAGUCUGUGCGUUUCCAGCACCACCAAUGUGUGAACAGCAUCGAUGAGACAGCGACAUGCAGACAGAAGCUAUUUAUUUCACCAAUAGCACACUUUACCACUGGUAAACACUCUCUGCCCUCUUGUUCCUGAAUGUGAUAGACGUUUAAAACACUGCUCAGUCUGCUUCCUCUGUCACACAUGAAACAUACAGACUUCUGUGUGUGUGUUUUCUAUUUAUUUAUUUAUGUAGCCUACAACAUAGCCAGCAGUGCAAGACUGCAGUAUAGACAUGGUGGCUAGUGAUAGAUGAUAAAUUUUAAAACAUUAAAAAAUGGGACACAUCUGAAAAAAAAAAAAACAGGACUCCACAUAAUGGCCUCUGUGUUUUUCUAACGCAUUUGUAUUUAUGGAUGCCAGUUUAAAAUAUGUUGAGAUUUAAGUUAUUUAUCCUCUCCUCCAUGUCUGGUGAAGUGAGAGUGAACACCAUCGAACAAGUUGUCUGGGAAGACUGUAGCAGUGUAUGACCCAUUAUGAGCCAGUCCACUGUCUGGAAAGACAGAGUCACAACCAGUAUGCACAUAUCUGGUCAUCUGCUUAAGGUCACUCUGAGAAAGAAUCUCAUACAAACUGUGAGGCACGGAGGUUACAGUGUUAUGGUUUGGGGAUACUUUGUUGCAGCAGGAGCUGGCCAACUCUCCAUCGUAGUACUCACCAUGAAUUCUACCGUGUAUCAGAAGUGGCCGGAGGAACAUCUCAGACCAUCUUUACCAAAAUUAAAGCUGAAGCAGAACUGCAGCAACUUGGCAAUGACCCAAAAAAUACCAGGAAAUCCAGCAACAGAGAAUUUGAAAAAAAGAACAUCCUUGGCAGUCUAGACAUUGAUCUCACUGAGAUGCAGUGGGGUGACGUAAAAUGAGCAGUACAUGGAAGAAACUCCUCAAACAUGUCACAGCUGAAAGUGAGGAGUGAGGCAAACUUUUCUCAGAAUCAAUGUCAGAGACAGGUAGACACAAAGAAAGUCUCGCUGCAGUUAUUUCAAACAAAGGGGGUAACACUAGCUAGGGUGUCCUAACGUUUAGCUUAGCUACGAAACAUUUUUGUUCAUACCUUUUGUUUAGUUGGUAGAACGAGUUUACUUUCUUGUUAAUGAAGUGCAAAUAACUAUCUUUAUUUUCCAGAGAAAAAUUGUAACUAAGAUUAUAUAUCAAUAUGUGAACAUUUCUUAAUAAAGAACUGAAUUUUCA